CGCAAAUGUGUCGUCUCAACGAAUAUUGCCGAGACGUCACUCACAAUUGAUGGCGUUGUUUUCGUGAUUGACCCAGGAUUUUCGAAGCAGAAGGUGUAUAAUCCACGAAUUCGCGUUGAAUCGUUGCUGGUUUGUCCAAUUUCGAAGGCAUCCGCAAUGCAACGUGCUGGCCGAGCCGGACGAACAAAACCCGGCAAAUGCUUCCGCCUAUAUACAGAGAAAGCGUAUAAAAAUGAGAUGAACGAUCAAACAUACCCUGAAAUUUUGAGGUCAAAUCUGGGAACAGUAGUGCUGCAGCUAAAAAAGCUAGGAGUCGAAGAUCUUGUGCACUUCGAUUUCAUGGACCCACCAGCUCCCGAAACUCUGAUGCGUGCUCUUGAGAUGUUAAAUUAUUUGGCUGCCAUUGAUGACAAUGGUGAGCUAACACAGCUGGGUUCACUGAUGGCCGAAUUUCCACUCGAUCCACAGCUUGCCAAAAUGGUCAUCGCAUCCACCGAGCUGAAUUGUUCCAACGAAAUACUGAGCGUCACUGCUAUGCUUUCAGUGCCGCAAUGUUUUGUGCGACCAGCUGAAGCUAAGAAGGCAGCGGAUGAAGCAAAAGCACGAUUUGCUCACAUUGAUGGUGAUCAUUUGACGCUCCUGAAUGUCUACCAUGCUUUUAAGCAAAAUCACGAAGAAGUGCAGUGGUGCUAUGACAACUUCAUAAAUUACCGAGCUUUGAAAAAUGCGGACAACGUACGGACACAGCUCGCACGUAUUAUGGAUAAAUUCAGCCUGAAACGAGUAUCCACAGAUUUUAAAAGCAAGGACUAUUACAUCAACAUUAGAAAAGCGCUGGUCGCUGGAUUUUUCAUGCAGGUUGGAAUUAAUUGCUUAGUAGUAAUGACAACUAUAGUAAUAACUAAAAGCAGUGGUAAUAACAAUAAUAAUAAUAGCAAUAAUAAU